AGUGGAGAGAAAGUGAGAGGGUGACAGUCAAAAGAGCUGAUAGGGAGUGAAGCCAGAAGGAUGGGGUUAAAGUAGGCGAAAGAGGACAGAAAAGUGUAUGACUGUAAGCUAGAAUCUCCCAGCAUACAUACGGGGGAGGAGAGCAGGAAAGAUCAACAACGUGUGUGUGUGUAACUUUAAGUGCCAGGGGAGAAUUGGGUCAGUGAAAGGGGAGAGAGGCAGCCUGGGAGAGAGGGGGAGACGGACAGAGGAAUGGAGAGAGAAUCCUCAGCAGAACUACAGUAACAAGUGGUCACUUGAGUAAUCACUGGUGAUCCAGAGAGAAAUAGACAGACAAUAAUGGCGAGCCUUCCCAAAGAGCCGACCCAAGAUGCCAAGAGACAGAGCUUCUGGAUGCCAGGGAACUAUGUGCGUACAGUGCAUCGAACUGAGAAGUCCUUCCAGGCCUGCAACGACAUCGUGGCCUGCUUCAAUGAGAGAGCUAAAGUAGAAAAGCAGUACGCCCAGCAGCUGAACCAGUGGAGCAAUAAGUGGAAAACUAUAGUGGAUUCUCGGCCGCUUUAUGGCUCCCUCAUGAGGGCGUGGCAGUGUUUCUUCACCUCCACCGAGCGUCUGUCAGCGCUCCACUCCUCCAUCUCUCAGUCGCUCACAGCAGAGGAAGGGGACCGGGUGAAGACCUGGCAGAAAGAGACCUUCCCAAAGAAACUCUUCUGUGGGUUCAGUGAGAGCCACGGCAACAAGACAAGCUUUUCACGUGCGCAGAAACCCUGGUCCAAAAAGCUGAUGAAGCUGGAGAAGGCCCGAGUUGCAUAUCACAAGUCGUGUCAGAGGGAGCACAACGCCCUGGACAAAGAGAAACAAGCUAUCGAAAACCCUCAGACCAGCCCGGAGAAAAAGCAAAAAUUCCUUGAUGCCAGAGAAAAGGUCACAGAGGACAAAGAAAAGGUUCGAGAACGCUACGAGAAACUGCUGGAGGAUGUGACGUCCUACACACCUCGCUACAUGGAGGAGAUGGAGGCCAUAUUCGAGCAGUCGCAGGAGGAGGAGAGGAAGAGGAUCAGUUUUCUGAAGCAGGCCUUCCUCUCAAUCCACAGACAUCUGGACAUCACCAACAAUGAGAGUGUGAAGGCGGUGUACAGCGAGCUCCACAACACUCUGAUGUCCAUCAAUGAGCUUGAUGAUCUCAAAUGGUGGAAGAACAACAACGGACCCGGCAUGCCCACCGACUGGCCAAAGAUAGAUGAAUGGGUGCCACCAAUAAAAAAGCUAAAUAGAAAGAAAAGAGAGCAGCAAAGAAAAGACGGCCGACCUGUGAUGAUCGGGGGAGUGAAGGUGCGAGCUAUGUACGACUACGUGGGAGAGGAGGGCGAUGAGCUGUCCUUUAAAGCAGGCGAGGUGUUCCUGAAGGUCGAAGAGGAGGAUGACCAGGGCUGGUGUCGAGGCGUCCUGAGCGGAGGGAAGGAGGGCUUCUACCCGGCAAACUACGUGGAAGUCGCAGAAUGACGUCUCACUUUAUAAUAAACUAUGUCCUAAACUCUCACAAACAGUUCGAUUUUAAGUCUUCUAUAAAAUAAUAGUUGUUAUUAUGUUAUAUCUUUGUCACACUGAUUCUGAGUUAAAGUCAGAUAUACAGUAAUCUGUUCCCAGGUAUUUUUCAAAUGUAAAAUUAUUGAGUUAACCUUGAGUACUUCUGCAAUAUGAAUUAACUUAUUAAAGACAAAAUGUACUGCUUGUGCAGGAGCUGUAUGUGUAUAUGUGUGAGUGUGCACGUGUGUUUGCAUCGCAUGUGUGCAUGUUAAAAAGAAACAACAGAGAGAAUAUUUAUUUGCUCACUUUAUUUGAGGAGAGCUGAUAAUGAUACAUGAGGUUUGCCCAGGUUUACAAUGAUGGGAGCACACAAGGUUAAUGUUUACUUAUCAAAAGUAUUAUAGAGGCACAUGACUGAGGGAAUGGAUUUUCAAAAUAAAAGUGUAAUGGUUUAGCCUCUAAUUCAAUUUUGUUCGGCAAUUUGUUGUUGUUAUGAUGCUAGCUAUGUGUCCUAGCAAUGGAUGGCAAUGUUAUGUCGAUUGGUUGGUCCAGAAUGUUCAUAUGGACUGGAUAAUCUCAGCAACUAUCAAAUGAAUUGAUAAUAUAUUUGUAAAAGUCAUUCAAAGUGCAAUGAGGAUGAACCACUUGUGAUCUCUUGACUUUUAAACGAAUCUCUACAAACAGGUCAAAGUUAGUUACAUGUUAGCAUGCUAAUAUGCUUAUCUAAGAUGCUGAAGAUGGUAAAUAUUGUAUCUGCUAAUCACCUCCUUGCUAGCAUUAGCAGUGUGUGCCUGUUAGCAUGCUGAUGUUAGCAUGUAGCUCAAAGCACCGCUGUGCCUUAUUGCAGCCUCACAGAGGCGAUCACUGCUGUAGACUCAAUAUUGUUAAUUUCUUAUAUUUU